CUCUCUCCCCACCACCAACGCUCAACAUAGAGAAAACUCAGAAACACGCAGGAAACCCAAAGUUCUUCUCUUUUUUUUCCCUCUUUUUUUAUACACAAAGGUAAUAAUUUUCGAAAAUGGCAUUUUCUGUUACCUCUUCUCCGGCUGCAAUUUCUGGUUCCAGCUUUUCUCGUUCAAGUGCCUCCUCUGAUCUCAAAAUUCCGCAAAUUGGUUCAUUUCGGCUAGCGGAUCGCCAUGCAACGGUGAAUCUAUCUCAAAAGCGUUGCGCAGUGAAGCCCGUGAAUGCGGAGCCAAAGAGGAACGAUUCCAUGCUUUCUCAUGCUGCAACCACCUCUGCUCCUGAAGUGUCGGAAAAAGUUGAGGUGGAGGAUUUUGAGCAAUUGGCGAAAGAACUUAACAAUGCUUCUCCACUCGAAAUCAUGGAUAAGGCUCUGGAGAAAUUUGGAAACGACAUCGCUAUUGCUUUCAGUGGAGCGGAGGAUGUUGCUUUGAUUGAGUAUGCAAAAUUGACUGGUAGGCCAUUUAGGGUGUUCAGCCUUGAUACUGGCAGGCUGAACCCAGAAACCUACCGAUUCUUUGAUGAGGUUGAGAAGCAUUAUGGGAUUCGUAUUGAGUACAUGUUUCCUGAUGCUGUUGAAGUUCAGGCCUUGGUUAGGAGCAAAGGGUUGUUUUCAUUUUACGAGGAUGGGCACCAAGAAUGCUGCCGUGUUAGGAAAGUGAGGCCUUUGAGGAGAGCACUCAAGGGGUUGCGUGCCUGGAUUACUGGUCAAAGGAAAGAUCAGUCUCCGGGAACUAGGUCGGAGGUUCCUGUUGUUCAAGUGGAUCCUGUUUUCGAAGGUUUGGAUGGUGGGUAUGGUAGCUUGCUGAAGUGGAACCCGGUUGCCAAUGUUGAUGGUAAAGACAUUUGGAAUUUCCUCCGGGCGAUGAAUGUGCCCGUCAAUUCUUUGCAUGCCCAAGGAUUUGUGUCCAUUGGUUGCGAGCCUUGCACGAGACCAGUAUUACCAGGACAACAUGAAAGGGAAGGUAGGUGGUGGUGGGAGGAUGCCAAGGCCAAGGAGUGUGGUCUUCAUAAAGGGAACCUGAAAGAAGACGGUGCAGCUCAAGUUAAUGGAAAUGGGGCUACCACUGAAAGUGACAUUUUCAAUAGCCAGAGCUUGGUCACACUGAGUAGGACUGGAAUUGAGAAUUUGGCAAAAUUGGAGAGUCGGAAAGAAUCAUGGAUUGUUGUGCUCUAUGCUCCAUGGUGCCCUUUUUGCCAGGCAAUGGAAGCAUCGUAUGUUGAAUUGGCUGAGAAGCUGGCAGGUUCUGGUGUGAAAGUUGGAAAAUUCAGAGCUGAUGGUGAACAAAAGGAAUACUCGAAGAACGAGUUGCAGUUGGGAAGCUUCCCCACUAUACUUUUCUUCCCCAAACACUCAGCUAAGCCAAUAAAGUAUGCCUCUGAGAAGAGGGAUGUUGAUUCAUUGAUGGCCUUCGUUAAUGCCCUCCGAUGAAGGGAUUCAUAAAUUAUUUGUCCGAGUUAACAAAAAAUCAACUUUUGAGUGGUGGUUCAUGCUGGUUUACAAUCUCAUAAACAAACUCAUGAACCCGGAUUUUGUCAUGCUUCCAUCGCCCGUAGCAUCAUAAUGAACUCGGGUGUUUUUGUAUACUGAACACGAUGUUCCAUAUUUUGACAUAUAUGUGUGAAAUUGAUAGUUCUUUAUUAAAAA